AUGGCGGUUGUGGAGAAAAAACCCAAAAGAAAUAUGUACGCUUUGCUCAUAUCUGUUAUGGCGUCCAUGACCUCCAUACUCUUAGGAUACGAUACUGGGGUAAUGAGCGGGGCCACGCUGUACAUACAACGCGAUUUGAAGGUAUCGGACGUGCAAAUCGAGAUCCUCGUGGGGACAAUUAACAUCUACUCGUUGUUGGGGUCCGCCAUGGCCGGAAAAACCUCCGAUUGGCUCGGCCGCCGGAUAACGAUUGUGGUGGCUUCGGUCGUUUUCUUCGCCGGGGCCGCCAUCAUGGGUUUCUCGAACAGCUACGAGGUGUUGAUGACGGGGCGGUUCGUGGCGGGGCUCGGAGUCGGGUACGCCCUUAUGAUUGCGCCGGUCUACGCGGCGGAGGUGGCGCCGGCGUCGUCUCGCGGCUUUCUGACUUCUUUUCCGGAGGUCUUCAUCAAUUUUGGUGUUCUGUUGGGAUAUCUAUCGAAUUACGCGUUUGCCGGCCUUCCGUUGAGGUUGGGAUGGCGAAUGAUGCUUGGAGUCGGCGCCAUACCCCCAAUCUUCAUCGGUCUCGGCGUGAUUAUCAUGCCUGAGUCUCCUCGUUGGCUUGUCAUGCAAGGCCGUCUCGGUGAAGCCAAGAAAGUGUUGGAGCGCACGUCCGACUCGCCCGAAGAAGCCCAACUCCGCCUUGCCGACAUCAAAGAGGCCGCCGGCCUCCCGCACGACCUCGACGGUGACAUCGUCGAGGUACCCAAAUGCACGGGCCGAAAGGGCGAAAACGUGUGGAAACAAUUCUUCGUCCACCCGACCCGACCCGUGCUCCACAUCACCAUCGCGGCCCUCGGCCUACAAUUUUUCCAACAGGCGAGCGGAAUCGACGCAGUCGUCAUGUAUAGCCCGAGGAUCUACGAGAAGGCGGGAAUUGUGAGCGACGAGAAGAAGCUACUCGCCACUAUCGCUGUCGGGGUUUGCAAGACCGUCUUCAUCCUCAUCACCACCUUCAUGGUUGACAAAAUCGGGCGGCGCGUGCUCCUCCUCACGAGUUGCGGUGGUCUUGCGCUGUCGAUGCUAACCCUGGCGAGCGGGUUGACCGCGAUAGACCGGUACGGCUCAGAAAAUUUGGGGUGGGUUGUUGUGAUAUGCGUGCUCAUGACGUACACGUCGGUUGCGUUUUUCUCGAUGGGUAUGGGCCCGAUUGCAUGGGUCUAUAGCUCGGAAAUUUUCCCGCUUCAACUCAGGGCUCAAGGGUGUGGCAUGGGAGUGGCGAUGAACCGAGCCACGAGUGGUAUCAUAUUGAUGACGUUCAUAUCGCUCUAUAACGCGAUCACCAUAGGAGGUGCUUUCUUCUUGUUUAGUGGAAUCGCGACCGUUACUUGGAUCUUCUUCUUCACGUUGUUGCCGGAGACGAGAGGGAGAAGCUUGGAGAAUAUGGAGGCGUUGUUCGGCACGUUCUUUAAAUGGAGGACGACCAUGAAAGAGUUGCAAAAGAAGGAGGAAGACGAGACUAAAUAUAAAGCCUAG